GUGUGUGUGACUGAUCAGUUAAUUAUCCAAUCAGGUCAUUAGCUGAAUCCAAUUCAAGAAGCUGCCAUCCCAUCCCUGGAUAUUCUGAAUUAAUUACCUCUCUCCUAUAUAGGAAAGUGUAUAUUCCCAGGUGUAGCUGUGUCUCUGGGUGAACUGAAGGACGGUGUUUAUACUGUACUAAAUAUGGUUGUUAUAUUUACAAAUUAGUCAUUUUUUCAUCUUUAACAAGCAGAUUUAGGAUUUGUACCCAGAAUUUCUGGUAUUCACAGAUAACUUACAAAUUUAGGAGAGGAAACUUACGAGUUAGAUUUAUUUGUGAAUUUUAAGUUUCUGGUUUGUUUUCAUUGAUACCAAACUUUUCUGGUUGAGCAGCUGUUAGACUGCUUCGUGGUGCCAGUGGUGCUGGCACUGAGCUGGCUUUUCCUCAAAGUCCGCUAUAAGCUGGUCCACGUCCUGGGUGUUGGCCUCUGUCUGCUGGGUGUUGGCUGCCUCGUCUGGGCCAACGUGGAGGAUGGCAAAGCUGCCAUACCCGGAGCUGAGCGGUUGUUAGGUGACAUGCUAUGUUUGGGCGGGGCGACGCUCUAUGGCAUCAGCAAUGUGGCACAGGAGUAUGUGGUAAAGACCUACGAUAGUGUGGAGUUCCUUGGCAUGAUGGGGCUCUUUGGCUCUCUCAUCAACGGCAUACAGUUAGCAAUACUAGAGCGUAACGAUGUAGGAUCUGUACGGUGGGACACAUGGCCAGUGCUGGCGCUGGUAGGUGGCUUCAGUGCUGCUCAGUUCCUCUUCUACGUUGUAGCUCCUGCUGUCAUCCGUGUCACCUCAGCAACUGCCCUCAACCUGGCCCUCUUCACGGCCGACUUUUACAUCCUCAUCACUGGUAUCGCACUCUUCAGGUUCAAGUUCCAUCCACUGUACUUCUUAUCGUACAUCCUGGUGGUAACAGGCGUCAUAGUUUUUGUCAUCAAACCAACGCCCAUUGCCUCCACAAACAGAGGUUACUACAGGGAAAUAUCUGUGGGUCGUUCAAGUAGUGGUAAUGAGGUGGAACUGACAACAACACCUGGUACAGCCACCAGCAGCAUGGGUGGUGGUGCUUCCUUCACAGAGUGGCCGCCACUCCCACCAGAGGUUAGAGGGUGUCCAGACUACCCCUACCCACACUCUCAUUCCACUGAAUUCAGACAAGGGUCAACUCCGACUCCUGUCCCAACGGAGUAUCCUAGCACGCCUCCAUCGCCGCCACAGCAAUUCAGAUCACUGCCACGACCAGCUCGUCGUGAGCAAUACCCAGGUGGUGCUAUGGCAGGAGGCCAAAGGUCAGCAACUCUGCACCGCCCAGCGCGGGUACGUUUUCAACUUGACUCUAUAGAGCCAACGGUGCCUCAUCCUCUACCCACGAGUUGGGAGAUGUGAGGUGUUAAGAGACAAGAUCACGGCUCCCUAACAAAUUUUGAGACAUCGUAAAUAAAUACUACAUUUACAGUGUCAGUACUGAGUACAACGGUGUCUUCACUGAGCAGUGCGUCAUCUUGUGUUCGAACAGCUCAGUUCUGAAUACAAGAUUACCAUAGAGACUAGAGCAUCUCUGCUAAUUGUUGUCAAGUCUUCCCUGAGUCUCUGGAGAUAAUUACGAUGGAACAAGUGACUGGGUUGAUCGCUGAAUGUAUUUUGUUUGAAUCUUAUUUGAAUAUAAGAUUAAAAAAAAACUGAGACUGCUUUCUCUAGUCAUUACUCUAGAAAAGAUGUUUACAUGUUGAAACAUCAUUAAGACUCAGGCAGGCCCAUACUGUGACAUUCAACAGAUUGCAAAAACCAAAGACAGUUAAACAAAACUAUGAAGAAUAUUUUUUAUAAUGUUGAUGUUUUAAUGUACAGGUGGUAUGAGAUAUAAGUACAGUAUUAAACACAUUAACCCUAUUGACGACUAAAGUGUCAAGAGGUUAUGCAAGCAAGGAACGGGUUUUUGCAUAACCACUUGGAUGCCCAGUACCCUCUUUAUGCUCAAGGCUCAGUUGUGCAUGAUAUAUGACAUAAUUUGCAGGUUCCUGAUUAUAUACAGAAGUAACCUUCUAUGAUGACAAUGUGUAUAGUAUUCAGUAUAUUUGUAAGUUUUUUUUUUUUGGCCAUGAAUUGUGGAAUCACGACCCUUGUGUUGCAAAUGGGAUUUUUAGUGUUAGUGGAAUAGUAUCCUGCAACAAGUUUAUGUAGUCAGUAUCAACUACAAGAAAAACCAGUGCUCAAGAAAUCACAGUAUAAUUCUGGUCAAGUGAAGCAUGUACUGAGUGGCUUUUUUUUUUUUCUUUUUUUUUUUUUAAGUAAUACUUGAAACUUUUGAUUCUACAUUUUGUGAUUUUUAAGUAUGUAUGUGACAGUUUUGAAUAACAACUAGAAUUUUUUAAAUUUGGAAGUUAUGACAGUAAUAAUGUAUGUAGAUUUUUUGCAUGUUCUGUGGUUCCUCUUUUUCUCUCUCUCCCCCCUUCCCCUCUCCCUCUCCCUCUCUCUAAGAGAUCCGUCAAAAUAAGAUAAGGUUGUCAAAAGAUUGGAUAUUUAAUUAUGUAAAGGUUGGUUUUAUCCCUGCUUUUAUUGGUGAUGUGAGUGUAUCAUGAAUUCUGUGGUGUUCUAAUUUUAAUAACUAAAGUUAAGUACAAGAGGAACGCCCAGGAGGGAUGCUAAUAUAAAUGUUGUGUAUGAUACUUUGUUCCAGUCAUAAACACAAAUGAUCUAUUUUACUAGGAGGUAAUGUAUGGUAGGCACCUUAAUUCUCCCCUGGAAGAUAUUUUUGCUGCGGAUGUGAACGUAUUAUCAAAUUUGUAAUUGUGGCAUAGCAUGCUGUCCUGUCCUUUUAUUUAGAAUCAUUGCAUGAUAUUGUACAGUCUAUAUAUAUGAGCUAAAUUAUUGUGUAGUAGACACUUGUGAAUUUCUUCCCAAAUGUAGAUAGAUGAGAAAUUAUUGGUAGGUAUUUUCAAUAUAUGUCAUGAUCAAAAUCUAAGGUAAAAUUGACUCUGUUCCAAAUGAAAUAGGUACCUCAUAGCAGAUAGAAAUAAUAUUUGGUAAAGUUCCCAAUGUCAACUGUAUUGAAACCGAAGUGGCCCUCUUAACUGGCACACUCAUAAACUAAAAGAUUAAGUGGCCUUAUAUCAGGCACACAAAUUUAAAUUAAAAAUAAAAUAAUUAAUCUACCACACAGUACUGAAAAUUACAGUAUAUUAUCUAUUAUUUGUUAUAAUUUAUUUACUGUAUGCCUAUAUUUUGACAGUGAAAAAUUACUAUUAAAGUAUGUUAUCAUGAUAAAACUAAAAUAAGUUAUGCAUGGUUAUUUCAGUAUGUAAAAAAAAAAAUAUCAAGAGUACAGAUUUUAGAAUUAUGUUUGUAUCAUAGAGGAAGUAGCUUUAUUGCUAGCGCACUCAGCUCACACACUGAGGUCCAGAGAUCAAAUCCCUGGUAUGGCUGGAAAACAUUAGGACUUGUUUCCUUAAGACACUUGUCCAUGUUCACCCAUCAGUAUAAAAUGGGUACCUGGGUGUUAGUCGACUGGUUUGGGUCACAUCCUGGGACAAAAAUGACCUAAUUUGCCCGAAAUGCUCAGCAUAACAAGAGGCUUUCUAUAUAGUAGCAUGUCACUGAUGUCAGCUAGGACUGUAUACCUUGUACAUGUACUUGUAGAAAUAAAGAUAUUAUUAUUAUUAUUAUGAUACUGACAUGGACCCUGCUUCAUACUAUGUUUUUCCUUAACAGCAAUAACUUAGAACUUGGACCAAUAGUGUUCAUGUGAUAUUUUCUUUCACUUUCAAAGACAUUGCCAUAAGGUAAUGAAAUUUAAUCCCUGAUAUUAUGAAAAGAUAAAUAUCGAGCAAGUUUGGUUGAAUGAAAAUGUAAUUCAGACACAUGACAAUAAGCACACACACACAAAAAGUGUUCUUUAAUAAUUUAUAUUUACUUUUCUCAAAUGAUACAUACUGUACAUUAUAUUUCAACAUAUCAUGUAAAAUUAUUAUAGGUUGUUGAAAUUUUCUUACACCCUGUUGGGAUGAACUGAUACCUUAAAAUAAAAAAAAUGCAUGGGAUGGAACUUAUGUAGAUAUUCAAGAUACUGGACAAGUUGAAUACUGUAAACUCUGGUCAUUUCUUCAAGAAGAGUAACAUGAUACAAACAAGAAACAACUACUUCAAGUAUGUGGAACACAGUGCAGAACAAAAAAUAUAUACACCUACCAUCCGACUUACGACCAAGUUCGGUUCCGAGAAACCAGUCGUAAGUCGAAUUUUACUACUGAAUAUCAUUUUUUUAGUUAGUUUAAUAUGUUUAUUAUGCACCCAAUACCCAUCCUGUGGGCGGUAGUCAAAAGAUUACAGAGGUACAUAAUUGGUCCAGGGACUGGACUCCAGAGUUUUGAUAGCUGAGCAAGUUACAAAGGUAAUGAACUAGAUCUGGUCAUAAUCAUAACCAAGUUACAAAGGUAAUGAGCUCCAGGUAGAGCUGGUCACACUCAUGAAUAAUUGCAAAGGUAAUGAAUCAUAAACACAUUAAUCAUGAGAAUUUACAAAGGUAAUGAGCUCCAGGUAGAGCUGGUCAAAAUCAUGACAAGUUUCAAAGGUAAUGAAUGAUAAACACGUUAUCACAUGAUUACAAUCAUAGACAAAUUACAGAGUAAUGAGCAGUUAACAAACAUAGCAGGGAAAUCAUCCAUUGCCCCAACAACAGAUGUUGCUAGGUGCCUGUCUCUCCUCGGUAGACAGCCAUUGCAAACAGCAGCAAGUUGCCCCGGGAUCUGCUGCUUGCACGAGCACCAUCGACCCUCCCCAAGAGGUCCAAGAAGCCAGUGACUCCGUUAGUAACAAAACGUUUUUGUAAUGACUUUAUUUUAUUGUUUUAUUUGGUAUUUCAUGUUUUACUUUACUUUUUAUGCUAUUAGUACUGUAUUUUAUACUGUAAGGUUUAGGAUAAACACUGUGUACAACACAAAUAGUUGUUUAUUUCCCAGAAAUUUGGCAUAAAAAACACGGUCGUAAGUCGAGUGGUCGUAAGUCGGAUGGUAGGUGUAUUAUUCUUUUCCCAGAGUAAAAACAUAUGGAUCACUGAAGUUCUUGAAGUAAAAGAUUACAUUAAUCAAAAUUCACCUGGAAAACUUCGUGAUGAAAUUGAGGAAAUUCCCCUACAUCUUGUUCAUCAUUUACCGAUUUAUUUUAUCAUAUAUUGUUCCACUUCUUUUUAUGUGUAAGAACUUUAUCGUCACAGUUUUUUUUAUUAACAGUACAAUAUAACAAUUCAGCAUUUUAUAUUUUUGUUGGUAAAAAUUUAAAUAUGAUUUUAAAGUUUCAGUUAUGGCUUUUAUUUUGGAGAGCGUGAGCUAUCGUACAUUUCAUAUUGUAGCUCUUAUACCCCCAUUGUAGUACGUACCUCUUACUUAGAUUCAACAAAAGCAUGUAGUUUAUGAGGGUCUACUUCUGUUAUGCCAAAUGAAUUCUUGCAAUUUUUUAACUGUAGUACAGUUCAUGCACUGCAGUUUGGCAGUGAUGAAACAUUCCUCUCAUGUACAUCACAGUUAAUUCCUUUUAAGUAGUUGGGUUUUAUAUUGUUCAACUUGUGCAGCAUCUUAAAUGUCUCCCUAAGGUAAGUCUAGUCAUUCUUCAUUAGAGAAGUUAUUAGUGCCAUUUGUAGUCCUCUGCCUAUUCUGGCAAGUGAGCCAACUUAUUUCCAAGGUAAUUUUUGUUGCCUUUUCAUGAAGUUUUUCUAAUGAUGUAAUAUCCCUUCUCCAUGUGGUCUGUAUGCUUAAAUAUAUUAGUCAUUGUGGGGGCAUAAGGAAUUUGUGAAAUCAGAUAAGGUUUUCAUUUCUUUGCAUAGCAAGUUCCCAGCUUACAAUGAUUUAACAUGUAAUGAUCCACACUUAUGAUCUGGGCACUGCACAACCAAUUAACGAUUUACAAACACAGAUCUGCAGAUCAAUGCAUAUAUUCAAACAUAUUAUUUUCAAUAUUAUUUUUACUCGGCUAUUUUUCACUACAUGCAUUGAUAUUUUAUGCAUAUGUGGGGAGUUCAUUUUUAUUAGGUAGAGACUGGUAAAGAACUGUAGUUAUUAUUUAUGUAAUUAUCAACAUGGGUGUUCACAUCUAGCAUGUCAGUGGUUGGCAGGUGAGGUAGCCAGGGGGGUGUCCUAGUUGUCUAGGAGGGAGGCCCUGGCUUCUGGCUAAAGACUAUGGGGAAAAAAGACCAGGGCAGUGGGUUGUCAGUGUUGGGGGAGGGGAAGGCCCAAGGUUGGUGGCCAUUGGAAGGAGGAUGGGGUAAAAGAGUGAAUGACAUCCCCUUUCUCCUCUCCCUAACCUUGCUCGAGUUACUGUACUUGGGCAUCAACCUACUUAUGCAAUACCCUUGCCACACCUUAUGCCAUAUACAGUACCAAGACAUACACUGGGAAAAAUAGUGGAAGUUAAUGAGAGAGUGAGAGGGAAGGAAUAUGAGACUGAGGAAGGUGAAGCAAUAGAAGAGGGAAUGGGAGUGAAGAGGAAAAGAAACAGGAAGGGAGGAGGAACUCAUCUGAAUAAUAUACUGUACAUUGUUUUUAAACUCAUUGUUAAAAAUUAUACUAUACAGUGGACCCCCGAGUUUCAUGAUUAAUCCGUUCCAGAGAGCCUGCCGAAAGUCGAAAUUGCCGAAUGGCGAAACCAUUUUCCCCAUAAGAAAUAAUGGAAAUAAAAUUAAUUCGUUCCAGACACCCAAAAAUAUUAAUUUUUUUUUUUUUCAAAUUAAAUAAAGAUUUACAUACUGAAAACAAUGAGAAAUCAAGUACAUGCAUAUAAAAAAUAAUAAUAACAUUACACUUACCUUUACUGAAGACUUCUGGGUGGAUGGAAGACGGGAGGAGGGGAUAGGAGGAAGGUGUACACUAUUGUUUGGAAGGAGAAUCUCCUUCCAUUAGGACUUCAGGUAUGAAGGCCUUAUCUGGGGUUACUUCCCUUCUUUGUUUUUUAAAGACACUGGCACUGGGAACAACUCGAGAGUCACUGGAACCCUGUCGCACAAAAUAUCUGUCCAGAUAGCUCUGUUUCUGGCGUUUCUUUAAGAUUUGUCUGAAGUGGGACACAACACUGCCAUUGUACAUGUUGCCAAUACGGCCUGCAAGAGCUUUGUUAGGGUGAAGUUCAUCCAUAAAUGUUUGCACUUCAGUCUACUUUGCACAAAUGUCCUUAAUCUUUGCAAUAACAGCACACUUUAUUUCCUUUCCUUUUGCCACGAUCGAAGUGAUGGUUGAAUGGGGUUUGCCAUACAUCCUGGCAAGCUCUGUAACACACACACACCACUCUCAUAUUUUUCAAUGAUUUCCUUCUUGAAUUCAAUCGUGUUCCUCACAUUCUUUACCAAAGGGUUUGCACUAGCUUUCCUUGGGCCCAUGGUGACUUAUUUAGCAGUUGCAAUCACAAAAAAGAAUGGAUUAUUACGUAUGAACCCGCAGGGUGAUGGUCACGUGUUGGUAAACAAUAGCACACUGAGCGUGAAUAGCGUGGGAGACUGGCUUUGUGUGAGCGGAUGGGUACCAGACGGUUGCCGAAUCACGAGUCUAAUCACGAAAUGCAAGGCCAAAUUUUGCCGAAAAAACUUGCCGGAAGUCGGAUUUCACUAAAGUCGAUGCCGCCGAAACUCGGAGGUCCACUGUACAUACAAAAUUAGAUAUGGAAUAUUAUAGCUCACUACUGCAUCACUGAGUGUGAUUUGAGUUUAUGGAAAAAAAAAAAAGGUUCAGAUUUCCCAACAUUCAACUAAUGAAAGAUUUUUCCUAAACUGCUCCCACUUGCUAUACUGUUUUUAAGGACUGGUGGACUAUUGACUUUUUUUUUUUUUUGUGUUGGUAGGAAUGUAGUGUUUUUCAGUAUUUGCAGCUGUGAUGGGUUGUAUCUUACAUGCAAGAUUUUUAAUUUCUCUACUGAAAAGUAUUUAACCAUAGGUGCUUUUGUAUGGAAAUGCCCUCUUUACUGUACAACUUUCUCCAACUCUUGGUACCAUCUGCAACUGAUGUAGUGUGAUAUACAGGUAUUUUCUUUCUCAGUGUCAGAAUACAGUAGAACUUCACAUAGUGUGAGGUUUACAUUCCUGAAAUCGAUAAUUUUGAGCUAUAUAAUGGAGGGAGGGGGUAAAGGAGAUUUUGUGGGCAAGGGGCUUGGACUUCCAGCAAGUGUGCAUGAGCAUGUUAAAUAGGAGUGAAUGAAGACAAAUUUUGGGGGGGACCUGAUGAGCUGUUGGAGUGUGAGCAGGGUAAUAUUUUGUGAAGGGAUUCAGGGAAACUGGUUACCCAGACUUGAGUCCUGGAAAUGGGAAGUACAAUGCCUGCACUUUAAAGGAGGGGUUUGGGAUAUUGGCAAUUUGGAGGGACAUCUAAACUAUCAUAUCUGAAUGCCUCUGCAAAGAUAGUGAUUAUGUAUGAGUGAUGAUGAAAGUGUUGAAUAAUGAUGAAAGUUUUUUCUUCCUUUUUGGGUCACCCUGCCUCGGUGGGAAACGGCCAACAUGUUAAAAAAAAAAAAAUGUGAAUAAUAUAUUGGAAAAAAAUAGGAGUCAGUAUUUACUUUAGCUACUCAGCAAAAUUAGGCGAUUUAGUUUACAGUGUAUAAUAAAUGGGGUUUGACAAUAGGCAUUUUUUUUUGUAGGCAAAUUCUUAAAAAAAAAAAAAUAAUAAUAAAAAAGUUUUCUUGAGUUUUGGUUAGUUAUCUAAGCGGCUUAUUGUUUCAUUAUUAUUAUGCAAUAAUAAGUGGUUGGGCAAUGGAGACAGCUUUAUUUUGGGCCUAUGGGGGGGAAUUAUUUUUUUUUAUAACCAGAAAAAAAAAAACUUAUCCCAACCUAGUAUUAACUCAGAAAUCUAGAAUAGGUUAUCAGGCUCUAUUUUUCCUUUGCCAAAAAAAAAUUCUUCACAUAGACCCAAAACAAAAUCAAAUUAUAGUUGGAGAAUUUAUUUAUUAAAGUGCAUAUUUUGUCACGGUUAAUAAUUUUUUUUAUACCUUACAUUGUAGCUGUCACUCCUUGUUGAUCUAGAAAUGUAUGUUAUGAACCCAAGACCUAAAUACUGUAUAAACUUACUAGAUGAACUUAAGUGCUGGGCAAGCUGGUGUUUGAUAGUGCAGGAUACCAACUAUUCCUUCCAGAGAAAAUGAGUAAGAUAAAUAUACCACAUGUGACUUAGAAAUUUAACAAAAUCUUACCAGCUUGAAAUAUGUUAAAAGUAAAAAAAAAAAUAAUUGUACUCUAAUUUCUUUUUUUUAUUCUUGCUUGUUGAUACAGGAGUGUUUGGAGAUAGUUAUGUAGCUUUACCAAACAGUAAACAGCUGUUGAUCCUCUAACUGGCUGAUGCCUCAUUCUUUUCAGUAUACAAUUUUCUUUUUUAUAAUAGUGAGAAUGAAGAAUUUUAUUCUCUCUCAUUCCUUGGUCUUUUACUUGUUGAUAAAGAAGUGUUUGGAGAUGGUUAUAUGACCCCACUGAGUGGUAGUCACCAGAUGUCAUCGGUUGAGGUUUAUAGGGCAACUACAUGUGCCAUAGUAAGUCUGGGUUGACAGCUGCUUGGUAAUAGUAUAUGACUGCUACUCGGCCAAUUUCAGUCAUUAGUUAUAGCUGUAGUUCAAAUUGUAAAACAGUGAGUUGGUUUUGCAGCUGAGAUAGUAUUCUGUUGUGCAAAUAGAAACAGCAUAAUCACACCUAGAGAAAUCCUUCUCACAUAGCCUAAAGUAAUCUGACUUAUUCUAACACUCCAACACUGGUAUUUCACAAUUUUGCUUACAUUCACCUAGUGCAUGACAAGACUCACUAUUAAGCAUGGAUUGGCUAAAACACUGUACACCCAAAAUUAAUGUACUAUUUUUGAUAGUAUCUCCCAAAAUAACACUUUUCACAAGAAAUAAUUUUUCCAGAGGAUACAUAGGUUUCAUGUAUCAUAAAAUAUAAAUUAAUGUCUGAGUUCCACCAAGUGGUUAACACCAGCUUUCCCCAGGCCAUAGAAAAUUCUUAAAACUUUUUCAUGCCCAAGUCACUUUCUAAGACUUUACAGCACAUGCACUAAGUAAAAACCACAUACUGUACUAGUAUUUAAUGAAAAGAUAUAUGAGCAAUUCGCUUAAGAAAAGUGCUGCAUAGACAUGUGGUCUGAGAUUUUACUGUCCAUAACAAAAAAAAAAAAUGGGUUGGCACUCUACUUAAUACGUUAGUCUUGUGGCAUUCUACUUCAUUUAUAUGACUUCUUCCUAUAUUGUCUCUGAUAUUUUUUGCCAGUGUUUCCAUGAGCUUGGGUGUUCUUAGCCAGUCUUUCAUGUGGCACUUUGUUGAAUGCCUUUGAAAAGUUCAUGUGCAGAGUUGGUCACUGUGGUUUGUAAACAGUGCAAAAAAUCAAAGCAGAUUUAUGCACAAUUUGUUUCCUGUACUGUAAGUCCAUGUUAUGAUGUUUUAAUUUUGCUGUACAUUAAGUGAUCCAUGAAGAUUGCCUCCCCACAAAAAUUCUCUUGGGGAGCUUGCAGGUACAGAAAGACAAGUGCAUUAGGCAGCAGAGGUAGUUUUCUGUUGUUCCUCCCUGGCACUUCCCUGGUCUGCAGAUUUUGCAUUACAGUUUGGAGGGCAAAUUGAUUGGGCAGCAGUGGUAGUUCUCUCCUGUUCUUCCCAUUACUUCCCUAGUCUGCAGAUUUCUGACCACUGUUUGGAGGAUACCUUGAUUUAGCAACAGAGGUAGUUAUCUGCUAUUCUUCCCUGGCACUUUCCUAAUCUGUGAACUCUCCGACUACUUCCAUCAUUUUAGACGGAAUUUCAUCCACCUAUGGUGCUCGAGUUCUUUUUAAAUGUCGUUAUUCCUUAUGGCUACUUCACAUGCAGUGUUCAGUAUCUUGCAAUUUAUUUUUAGAUCUUUCAGCACAUAUUCUUGCUGCAACUGGAAUUUUCUUGAUUUUUAUUUGAGGUGUCUUUUUGAAUUUUUUUUAUGCAAUAUGAUUUUAUAUUGUUCAUCUUCUAAGGAUCCUACAAUAACUCUGCCUCAUUUACUUCUUACAUGUGUACCAAAGGACUUGAUAUCUUCCUUGAUAUUUUAUACUAGUUCCUUCAAAUUAUUAUUAUAAUCAAAAAGAAGUGCUAAGCCACAAGGGCUAUACAGAGUUCCUUCAAAGUCUCUUUUAGCUGCUCUGAUUUUCGGAGUGGUCACAUUCACUUUUCUCGUAUGGUAGGUUCGUCACUACCAUAUAUUUUGCAAUAAUUUGAUAUUUAUCCAAAGAUGGACUCUUGUUUUCAUGGGUCACCUUCAUUUGUUAUCAUUGGGUAAUCUUCUGUUUCUUUUUUUCUUCCUAAAAACUAAUUCUACAGUAUUCAGAAGUUGUCUUAUUAUAGUUCAGUAUCUUCUUUAAUGUUGCCCAGAUGAUUAUGGAUGGAAUCUAUAAUGAGUUUUAUUAAAGAAAAUUCCAGGAAUUUUUGGUAUUAACCAUAUGGUGAAACUCGCUGAAUGGGCAGGAUUCAAACUCAUGACAAGCCAGUCCUGGCAUGGUGUAGUGGUUAGUGCGCUGGCCUGCUAAUUUUAGAACUGGCUUGCCAAGGGUUUAAAUCCUGCCCAAUCCUUGCAUUGUUUACGAUACUGUUAUUACGAUUUUGCAAGUCACAUGAUAAUACGUUUGCCUAGUCUAUGCUCUCAUUAUGAGAGCUUGUGCUUCAGGUGCUGCCUUUAUGUAAUUUGGAAUAUAUCUGAAACUUCAUUUAUUAAUGUAAAUUUGCUUGUAGUACAUUCCUACUAACCAGUUUGGUUACUACCAUAUAUUGCACCAAACAGAUUCUGAGCAUCCCAGCUUGUUUAGUUCUAAAUUAAUAGUCAGUAUCAUCAGUUCAUCAGUGGCACUGAUGAACAAGAGACAUGCAACACUGGGUAAUUUUAAUUUCAAAGAUGCUUUGCCAACCAGUGGCUUUUUUCAAUCCAAUACAUAGAUUAUAUACUGGAGACAGUGUAAGAAGUGGAGAGGUCUUUCAAGGGGUUCAAUCCUUCAGUCUUAUUAGAUAGCUCAGUUCCCUCUGUUUAUCAGGGCUCAGGGACUGAAUACUUCAAAAUUACCUUUCUUCUGGUACUGUGGCUUGUGGCCACGAGCCACCAUGUUCAAUUCCUGGCGGGGGUAGAAACAUUUUGUGUAUUUUCUUACGCCAGUUGUCUGUUCGCCUAUCAGUAAAGUGGUACCUGGGUGUUAGUCAACUGGUGUGUAUCACAUCCUGGGACAGAACUGACCUAAUAUGCCCGAAAUACUCUGCAUAACAAGCGGCUUACUAUGUAGUAGUAUGUCAUUGAUGUCAGCUAGGCCUGUAUACCUUGUGCUGUAGAAAUAUAUUAUUAUUAUAAUCAAAAAGAAGCGCUAAGCCACAAGGGCUAUACAGCGCGAGUGUAGAAAUAUAGAUAUUAUUAUAUAAAGCCCUAUUGUGGCAUGCAAAGAGUACAUAACCUUUAUUCGGGACAUGUACACACCCUCAUUUACAGGCUAUCUCCCCCAACCAGCGAACCAGGGGACUAAGGGUUGGCUAUGGGGCCCCGUCGUUCAACCAGUACCCAGGUUUCAGCCAUUGAGAAGAUGGUUUUGGCAAUUGCAGAGGUUAUGUGGAUAUGCCACUCUCCUGUCUGCCCUUGUCAUUCCCAUUCUAGAGCUGGUUGAAGCACGGUCUGCUCUCUAGUGGCUUCUAUUCUGCCUUGCUUAUCAUGGAGUGCACUAAUACCUAUUGUUGUACAUAGUGUAUAUAGUGUACAUACUUCCAUUCUAAAUUGGUGAAGGAUAAUAUAAGUCAAAAGUUUUCUGCUGUGUUUAUUUUGCUCCCUUUACACCCAGGAUAACAGGCCUUUGGGACUCCUUGGUUGUAAUACCUAUAUUGGAUUAAAAAAGCCAGUGGUUGGUAAAAUGUUGUGAUAAAGAAAAAUACCCAACUGUUGCACGUGUCUUAUAGGUAAGAUUACUGUACACUUAGUGCUUUUGUUAUUCUAUCUUUUUUGAAUAGGUAGCAUCUCUGAAAAUGGAAGUUACCUUUCAUUAUAUACACAUCUUUAAAGCUUUGUUUUGCUAAUUCACAUUUUAUCAAGAUUUUUCUGCAUUCACACUUUCACACUGUGCAUUGAAGCUAUAUUCCAUACUAAAGAAAUAGUUUUGAUACCUGCAGUUCCUGAUUUCUACUCUAAUACAUAAGCAAUACUGUUAUUAUGAAAUUCCAGUUGGUGGUAACAGUCAUUGGAAUACAAUCAUCUAUGUUACCAGGCACCCAAGUGAUACAAGGUAUCAAAUAAACUGUGGAUAUAUGGCAUCAGUGGAGCAAAUCCCAUGGACUUCAAACUGCUCACUUGAGCUAGGAAGAGGUAAUCUCUGGGCUAGGGUUAUAACUGGAGGGUUUGAACUGUCCUUAAAACAAUCACAGUUUUAAAAAAAUAAUGAAAUAUGUACUGCACUUAUCUUUGAUGUUGAUAAUGAAUAUGCAGUGCAGAUGACUGAUUUGGUUUGAUGCAAUUGAUGGUGGAUGGAAAACCAGAAGGCUAUGUAGGGUCAUACCCCCCAGAAAAUAUGUUCAUUGGUUCUACUUUGACUGUUUCAAUGUAUCUUUUUUUCCUGUUAAGAGAAGACUUGCACUCCUGCCUUUGUCUAGCUUAACAAUCCCUCACAGCUUCUCUUAUUAGUUCACACCAGAAGAGAUGGGAAUCCUUGCAGAUGGAUAGAAAGUGAGACUUGUUCCAUAGCUCUAUGUUAUUGUUUGGGUUCACAAAAGACUGUUUUUGCAUUUGUUCCAACUUCACUAUACUGUUUUACCUUGGUCAGCAUGAGUUCCAAAAGGCCAAGAGGAACAGUGUUACUUUAAGCUAUUUCACUGUAUCAUUUUGAUGAAGGUUUACAGAUUAUGAGGAAAUGUAAUCCAUGCAAAGACUGCAGCAUGGACUUGGCUGCUGCUGCAGUCAACAGUGCCUUAAACUGAUACAAGACACUAUGUAGGAAAAUACCGCUAAACAAAACAGUCAUAUUAGGAUAUUUUAGGAGUCGUAUUAGUAAAAACACACAACAGUCAUUAAGGUGACACCACAAUAGAUACGGUACAGUACAGCCCUCUACAAACUACAUAUCCCCAGCAGCAGAACCCCAACUUGUGUGCACAGCUCCAGUAUUCCUAGCAUAUGCAUCUGGUUACUGAUUUAAGACAGAUAAUCCUGUCCCUUGCACUAAUUUACUUGCGUAAUCUCUUAAUUCUAACUCCCUCCAUUCACCCAUAUGCUUUGCAUCUUCAAGAAAUGCCAUUAUUAUUAUUAUAAUCAAAAAGAAGCCCUAAGCCAUCAAGAAAUGCCAGCAUGCCUCUUUAAGAAGAGACGUCUUGGUGGUAAGUAUAGUACAGUAUACUUUAUUUUAUUUUGCUUCAAAUGUAAAAGGAAAAGUAUGUAAAAUAUGUUCCAAUUACAAUAGGUGUCUAUGGAAAAAGGGGUUUGCUUAACACAAAAUCUGCUUAUAUCGAUUUCUCCAGAUUGCUAGAGAAGUAAAUUACUAUAGUAUUAUCAGGGGGGGGAACACUAAAUCCAUAGGGGUCAUACAGUGCAUGGGGAAAAUUAAGGCAGUCAGGUUUGAGCCAAGGAAUGGAUAGCUCCACUUCAAUCAAGUGUCUCUCAUCAGCAUUAAUGCACCUCCUGGAGGGAAGUAAAUAACUACACUUACAUGAAUAUAAUAUGAUUCUAACAAUAACUUGCAUGUUAUACUGAUUGGGACAUAAAACUGCCAUUGCUAAAAUAACUUUUACGAAAUCCCUGACGUUUCUCAGUGUAUAGCAACAUUAGAUCAUACUUGUCACACUUUUCUUUGCAAAAGGAUAUUUUAAAAUAGUACUGUAUAAUUAAAGAACAAAUUAAAAAGGAGUAUUGCAUAUCUAAACUGGCAACCACACAGGUGUGGGGCAGAAGCACUAGCUACAGUUCUUCAGAAUACAGUGGACCCCUGGUUAACGAUAUUUUUUCAUUCCAGAAGUAUGUUCAGGUGCCAGUACUGACCGAAUUUGUUUCCAUAAGGAAUAUUGUGAAGUAGAUUAGUCCAUUUCAGACCCCCAAACAUAUACGUACAAAUGCACUUACAUAAAUACACUUACAUAAUUGGUCGCAUUGGGAGGUGAUCGUUAAGCGGGGGUCCACUGUAUACUAAUGGAUUCUAAUAACUUUAAAUAGUACUAUACAUUAGAUAAUACACAACUGCUGUAGCUUGAAUUAAUUUUUUAAUGAAAACCUCUAUUGGAUGCACGGUAAGAUUGAUUCAUUAUACAGUACAGUUUAUUAUUAACUCUACUCUAUAUUUGAGUUUCCAUUUUUGCUGUGAUCCCAUAUUUGUACAUUUAGUUACAGCAGCAGAGCCACUGCAUGGUCAGUGUUUUGUUUCAGUGUUAAAUUUGCCAUAUAAUCUUCCCAGUGGUUGCAUCACAUCCUCCUCUUGGGUCCUAUUUUGGUAUUCUACCACUGAAGAAAAACUUUUCAUUAUUCCUUUAGCACUUUCUUUUUUCCCCAAGUUUAUAUCUGUUGUGUACGAAUGGUAUAUAAUACCGACAAGAUGAGAGUAAGACACAUGUGCAACAUCUGGGUAUCUUUAUUGUAGACGUUUCGCCAUCCAGUGGCUUUAUCAAUACAAAUU